GAUGAAGUUGAACUGUCAAACGAUCCAAACACAAUAAUAUUUUCAUACGGUCCGCAGACGUAGUGGCGAGAAGCGGUGUACGGGCCCCGUGUCGAUGUUCGAUCGCGAAUUUCGCCCCCCGAACGACGUCGUCGCCCCAUCGAUUGCCGCAACACGUAUACAGGGCGUUACGAAAUCCAGGUUAGUCCUCGUUAACCCACGAGAUCCCCAAUUGUACAUAAUCAAAUAGUUUCUCAAUUUGGGCCGGUUUUUUUUAACGCCUUUUAUAACCUAAAAAGCGCCUCAUCCUAGAUAAGAUAUAGAGUUUUGACGGUUAUGUCACAGUGGGGCUCUUUCAGUUUUCAGUUCGUAUUGUUUAACAGAAACGAUUUAAGCGGCGAUCAGGUGGACGCGAAAGCGCUUCUCGACCGAAAUAAACGUCGGGUUUAAAGUUAGAAGAGAAGAGGCGAAGAAGAGUGAUAAAUCGUCAGGCUUCUGAUGAGCUGCUUCCCUGGGAAAGUGUGAGUUUUAGCAGAAACAAAACUGAGCACACCGUUCAUUCGCGUUUUGAUCGUCUCCGCGAGCGUACGCGUUACGAGAACGUUGUGUUGUUUGUGUAUUCAAAAAAAUUUGGAUUUUUUUGGAAAUUAAUCACCGCACGAUAUGGAUAAACUCGUUAAUCCUUAAUAAUAACAUUUUAUUCACUUCAUUGUCUACCGACUUUUUUAAUAUUAAUUCUUAAUGAAACGUCGCCGUCGAUGAAUUAGUCCACGAUGAGUCGCUACUCGCACAGCCACCACAAUAACCACCACAGCCAAAGCACAGUCCACAGGGGUAGGCCGGUAUCUCAACAUGAAGAAGCGCUCGCCAACAACAGUUUCGAACACUUCCUCGCCGCGUCUACACUCAAAACGAUUUUUGGCACGUACAGAAGCAUCUGUGAACAUUUGCAUCUCAAACCGAACUGUAUACCGUACUUUUAUCCGAAAUUAAAAGCUCACGUGAAUUCGUGGAAAGCGAAACCGUUGUGGAAAAAAUUCGACGCUAGGGUUAAUCAAAAAUGUUAUAAUCGAGGGAAAUCUUGUCCCAAUACGAGGGUUUUAAUUAUUGGGGCUGGUCCGUGUGGUCUAAGAUCUGCUAUAGAAGCUCAACUUCUUGGAGCCAAAGUGGUUGUUGUAGAAAAGCGAGAUCGUAUGACAAGAAACAACGUACUUCAUUUGUGGCCUUUUGUAAUUGAAGAUUUGAGAGCUUUAGGCGCAAAAAAGUUUUUUGGAAAAUUUUGCGCCGGUGCAAUUGACCACAUAAGUAUCAGACAGUUACAAUGUAUCCUUCUUAAAGUAGCUCUUCUCCUUGGAGUUGAAAUUCACACAGAAGUGAGUUUUGAAAGACUGAUUGAACCAAAUCCAGGGGAAAAAACAGGAUGGCGCGCUGAAUUCAAACCGACUAAUCACCCAGUUAAUCAGUUUGAGUUCGACGUUAUCAUAGGAGCCGAUGGCAAAAGAAACACCCUUCAAGGUUUCAAACGUAAAGAGUUUCGCGGAAAACUCGCAAUUGCAAUCACGGCCAAUUUCAUUAAUAAACGAACGGAAGCUGAAGCCAGAGUUGAAGAAAUCAGCGGUGUCGCAUUCAUUUUUAACCAAAAAUUCUUUAAAGAUCUCUACGUUGACACGGGUAUAGAUUUAGAGAAUAUUGUUUAUUAUAAAGAUGACACUCAUUACUUUGUUAUGACCGCGAAAAAACAAAGUUUAAUCGAUAAGGGUGUUAUUCGACAAGACUUAUCCGAUACAGCUAAAUUGUUAGCCCCCGAAAAUGUAGAUAGAGACGAACUGAUGAAUUAUGCAAGGGAAGCUGCCGAAUUCAGCACAAACUAUCAAAUGCCCGAUCUCGAAUUCGCCGUAAAUCAUUACGGACAACCCGACGUCGCUAUGUUCGAUUUUACUUCAAUGUACGCCGCGGAAAAUGCUUCCAGAAUAACCGAACUACACGGUUAUAGAUUGUUGGCUAUUUUAGUCGGUGACAGUCUACUCGAGCCGUUUUGGCCAACCGGAUCAGGAUGCGCACGAGGAUUUUUAUCAUCAAUGGACGCCGCUUGGGCUAUUAGAAGUUGGGAAACCGCAACCCCGCUUCAAGUCAUCGCCGAACGUGAAUCAAUUUAUCGAUUACUUGCUCAAACCACACCAGAAAACCUCAAUAAAGAUUAUAAAUCGUACACUUUGGAUCCGACGACACGAUACCCUAAUCUUAAUAAAAACGUUCUGUUACCACACCAAGUCACGAAUCUGUUUGAUACUGAUAAUCCUAAAAGUAUUGAAAUUCGUGCUUUACCUUUGGGAAUAGUACAUGGAGAAUUACCUAAGAAGCGUAGAAGAAGAGAUUCCCAUGUGGAUCCUGACACACUUCUUGGUUGGAUACAAGAUCAAAUUAAAGAUUACGAAAGCGUAACCAUAUCGAAUAUAACAACAUCAUUUAAAGAUGGGAGAGUUUUAUGUGCAAUAAUCCAUCAUUAUCGGCCGGAUCUUCUUGAUUACGGGGCGAUUAAUCCUAAUGAACCCGCGAAGAACAAUCAGAUAGCUUUUGAUAUAUUAGAGAAGGAAUUAGGUAUCCCCCCGGUUAUGUCUGGAACUGAAAUGGCCCAAAUCGACACUCCUGAUUUCUUAACGCAAUUAUCAUAUUUAACGCAAAUUUAUGACACUUUCCGCUGUGAAAUUCCACACAUUAAGCAUCCAAAAUUGGAUCAAGCUUUUUCCCUCCCACGUUCUUCCACUUGCAUGGUACCUUAUAACAAAUUUCCUUUACGUCCUAUUCUUAUUACACCUCAAUCUUCAGCUAAAGUUAGCGAAGAAUUUUCAACUUCUCAUCGCGUUUCCACCGCUAGCUCAUCUCCCAUUAUAUCAGUGUCACAAAUACCAAAAAGAUCAAUACAAAACGUUAAAGAUCAAAAUGACAAAACCAAAGAAGUUUUAAAACUAAAUGUUACCCCAAAUAAAACCAUAAAGAAUCAAUUGGAAUCGAGUGUAAAAUCGGAGACGCAAAUUUCGUCGAUUUCAAAAAAUCGAGGUUUGUUGAGGAAGUCAAAAAGUAGUAAUUUGAAUUCGCCGGUUGUUGAGAAACGCGAACCAGUGCAUACAUUAAAAUCUUUGUUAUUAAUAAGACGUAAAAGAUGUCCUAAAUGUAUGCAAAGAUUGAUUUCCAGAAAUAUCGCCCAAAAUAGCACCCCAAAAAACAAUAUUUUAAGAUCUAAACAAAGCGUUGAAAAUUCCGGGGAUCCACCAAGAAUAAAAAUUAUAAAACCGUUAAAACCAAGCAUAAAAUCAAGUCCCAAAACGGUUUCAAAAAAGAAAAGCGUUCGAUUAUGUAGUACACCCACACAAAGUAAAAAGGUGUCGAUUAAAAAAUCGAAUCCUCGUAAUUUUUAUAAACUCCGCAUCUCUAAGGAGGCACUCGUUAAAAGUGACGUUGAGAAUUCUCAAGGAUAUUCUGAGAGUACCAGUUUGACUCCACUACCAACGGAUACUCUCCCUGAAAAAACACCACGCUCGUCAAUGGAGGGAAGUUCUGAAGUCGCAUUAAAUUUCCUUAAAGAAAUGGAUGAUUUUUUAGCGGAACAAAAUGCAGCGUACGAAAAAAUGAAUAAUCUUAGAGUACAAAUUCUUCGUCCAAAAAAAUCUCGCCACAAACAAGAAAUAAUUCCACCGGAAAUCCCAAAAAUUCUUUUGGGAUCUCGCGAAAAUCGGGACGAACAUCGUAGCGAUGUCAUUAUAAUCAAAAACACCGAACGAGGGAACUUGGGAACAAUUUCCAUUGAAGAAGUAAAAGUUUUCUCGUUGGAUAACUCGAUAAAACUCGUCCCAAGAUUAAUAUCAUCCUCAGUUACUGAUUAUUCAACCCGAUUUAAAUCAACAGACAAUCAGGUAUCCUUAGUUGAAACGUCAAAUAAGACGUCAAAAUGUCAACAGAGUCAAUCUUUCGAAAAGUGUAAAUUAAAGCGUAAUAGAAUGACGUAUAGGGGAGAUAAAUCUGAGAGUAGCGGAGCGUGUAAAGUCGAGGAUUGGUUGGUUUCGUCAAAUUUCAAUUCGGAUCAACGCGAAUAUAAUGAUACAACUACGAGUACAGAUGUUGAAAUGGAAGUGGGUCGAGGAGGUUAUUUUAAUAAUAAUAAAAAUCGGGACGAUAAAGAAAUUAGUGUUAUUCAUCGAUCGAAAUAUAUGAGCGAUAUGAAAAGUUUUCCCGUAUAUGAUGAACCUAUUUGGAAAGAUCCUUGUAAUGUAAAUAAUUUAGUAAAAAAUAAUAAAGUAAAUAAAGAUGAAGUCGAGAUAAUGAGUCCUAAACCGAUUGUAUCAAGGAAUCCUUCAUAUGAUUCCAUUGAAAGUGUUUCUAAGUUUAUCGAAGUAUUAAAAACUAAGGAGACUCCUGUAACAUCAAAAUUAUCGAACAUAUCUCCUUGGGAAAUGUAUGAAGGUCGAUUACGUGAUAAAUUGGAAAACGAAAAGUUCCAGACGAUUCUAGAAACGGAAGAAACCGAUCUUCCCGAUCCAAAACGUGCGGAAAACGAUAUAAAGUUAAGAGUAACUCCGGAUGUUUUCUUACACGAUCCUGAACAUGUAAAUCGACCCCCAAGUAGACACAAGAGAUCAACGGAUGCGUUCGCUUCUAAGAUGCUAUUAAACCAAGGCGAUCGGAAACCAAGAAAACGAAAAACGAUGGAAAAAAUAGGCGCCAGCGUGGAAGAACGCCAGAAGAGGUACGAAGAGAUCGUGGCCAAUCGCGUCGAUCGCCACAACAAGCGCAGGCAACAACGAAGAAUGCAAACCGAACAAUUCUUAAAGAGCAUGCAAAUGUUGCAGUCGAAUUGCAAACCCGACCAUUCGGAACCGUUCGAGGAUUAUUCGAUUUAUUUGUACAGGCAAACCGCACCUAACUUUGAAGAUCGUGUUAAAAACUUAGAGAAACAAUUUGUUUACGUUCCAGAUAGAGAAAAUCGUUUACCAUCAUCUUUAGCGAAACGGGAAACGGAUGAAGAUUUUGCCGCUAGGAUUAAAGAUAUGGAACAAAAGUGGCAAGAUACUCAAUCGGUUGAUAAAAAACCUAAAGAUUUAUUGAGAGCAAUAGGAAAGAUUGAGACUUCCGAUUGGAACAUACGUGAAAUUGAGAAGAAAAUUCACGAAAAUAAAAUGGGGAAAUCCGUGAAUAAAGAUAAAGAGAGAGUACCGAAGUGGAGUAAAGAACAAUUUUCGGCCCGUUUGACAAAAAUGGAAAAACAACAUUUGGAUCGACAGAACAGUUCUGAAGUGAAAUACGCCGAAAUCGAUAAAAAUAUUAAACAGUUGGAUUUAAAAUUGAAAGAGGGAUCUGCUUUGGAUUUAAAUCAACAAAAGGUUGCUAGUCUUACUGAGAAAUUAACCGGAAAAAAUGAGCCGGUUAAUCCGCCGAAAGUUCAACCUAUACAAAAAAGUAACUCAAAAACUGCUGUUGUUCCAUCUCAAAAUUCAGAAUUUUGUCAUUUUUGUCAAAAACGUGUUUAUCUUAUGGAAAGAUUAUCUGCUGAAGGAAGAUUUUUCCAUCGUGGCUGCUUCAGAUGCCAAUAUUGCCAAAGUGUACUCCGUCUUGGUUCGUAUAUGUUUGAUCGUGAAGGUAUUCACGGAUACAGAUUUUAUUGUACCCAACAUUUCGGAAUGCCUGGUGAAUUAAGAGGUCCAAAAAUCGAACAGAAAAAAGUUGUUCCAAACCAGGAAGGUGUUUCAGGUAAACAAUCUAUUACAGGAGUUUUAGGAUUGGAUUUAUUAGAUAGAGUCCAAACACCCGAACGAGUCGAAUUCGCAAAUUUAUCCAGCGGACAUAUUUCUUCAGAUCACGAAGAAUCGCCAAGUCCAAUAGAUGAAGAUGAAUGGACUGAUAGAAAUUUUAGAAAUUCCAUUAUCGAUUCUGAUAGUACCGAUGAUUCAUCAAGUAGCAGAGCAGUCGAAGAUGAUUCUGAUACAGCAACAGAAGGUGAAGAAGAAAUCCGUGCUCGGGAACUUCGCAAACAGGAAGUUCGUGUCGAACCGCCCGUUCCAGACACGGGUACCGAUACCGAGGUGAACCCCCUCUCUAUUUUACCUAAAACCAACGAUCCCAACACACCCGACUUGCUCAAACUUGAAAAUAAUACACCCUCCGUGAACAAAUCCUCCGAUAAUUUAUCGACUAAUUCAAACGAAUUUAACAGCGCCGAAUCAGAAUUAGACGAUGUUAAAGUAGAGUUUCAAAAUUUACCUUUACGUAAAAGCGCAACGACAAGCUCGGUUAAUAACAAUAAUUUAAAAUCGAAAAUUAUGGUUAAACCAAAUUUUGUAAUCCCACCGCGUAAAAGCAGCUUUGGCAAAGAGUUUAUUCCAACUCAAGACGAAAAACCUCCCGAACCUUUGUUGAUUAUUAAGCGAACGCCAAGUAAAGUAAAUUUACCGAAGGAAGUUGGUAAACCAAAAGUGGUUGUUAAAGCGGAUUUUUCCAACGCGAAAAAAUACUUUGGUGAUACAACUAAAAAACCUUUUAAACCAGCCCAAAUAAAAAUAAAAGCACCUUUAGUUAAACAGCAAAGUUUACCAGAAAAAUCAACCGUUAAAGCUGAGGUGGCACCAAAAAAAGAAACGUUUAAUUUCGAACCUGAAGAUUGCGAUAUGAAAGAUGUCGAUGAUUACAUUGAAAAUUUAUUAAAACACGAAGAUGAAUUAUUAAAACCUGUCGAUAUUAAAGUGGUGAAACAAGAAUCUUCGGAAUCUGAUGAAAAGAUCUCAAAUAGUAUCGAAGAUUUACUUAAAGCUCUCGAAACAGAGACGUGUAUUAAAGAGGAAGAGGAAGAAUUUAUUGAUGUAAAACCGGAGGAGAAAAUUGAGGAUCUUUUAGCUUGGAUGGAAGAGCUCGAUCAUCAAGCUGAAGAAACCGAAGUAACCAAAUCAUUAACGGGGGAAAAAUACAAAAACUUAGAAGAUAUCCUUAAAAAAUCUUCGGAUAAUAUUAUAAGUAAAUUAUCGAAAAAUAAUAUUUCAGAAUUCGAGAAUCAUCUUUUAGGGAAAUUGCCAAAAACUAACUCAACAAACUUAGCAGAAGAAAAUCAACAACCUAAAUAUGUUCCUUUUAUUCUACAACGUUCUAAAACCGACGUAAAUUGUAAUAAACGAAGCUCGGUUGAUUUAGAUGCGGUGAAAAAAGUUAACAUAAAAAAAGUUUUGGAGAAGUUUGAGAAUAACGAUAGCCCAGAACCGGAAGUUAAACCAAUUCGUAGGAAUAUAGUGGUACCGAAAAACAUUGUCAAACGAAAUUCAUUCGCAAAUUUCUCUUUUAAUAGAAGCUUUGAAAAAGAAGAUCCUUUAUUACUCCCUGAACAUCAUAGAAAAAGUAUCGGGGCGAAAGACUUUAAAUUACGAGCUGGCGUCUUUGAAAAUGACAACAAAGAGAAAGAAAUUGAUAAAGUUAAAAUGGAAAAACCGAUUAAUAAAUUAUUACAAAAAGGAAUUGGAAUAAAUAAAGAUUUAGAUGUUGUUAAGAAGCCAUUAGAAAAACAUAGCAAUAAAUUUUUAUUGCAACGAAAAUCGCUUCCUGUUACAAAGCUAGAGGGAAAGGUUUUUGAUGAUCAUGGUUCUGAUGAGAAUUUAAGUGAUGAAUUUGAAAAUCUCGUUGAUAAAAGUGACCUAAAUGAGAGGUUAGUUACGGAUUUAUUGAAUGAAAUGGAUCUUUUGAACGAUAUAAAAGAUAAAUUAGAUGAGGAUGAAAUUGAAAUAACUAAAAGUGAUACAAAUAAUAAAGAAGGAUUUAAUGAUGAAGCUAAUAAUAAUAUUGAAAAAAUCUCCCCAAAAAUAGACGAUAAAGAAGAAAAUAAAACCGUUAAUUAUCAAGAAAGAUUAAAACAAUUACAAGACCACAUUAAUAGCAUCCAAAAAAAUUUGCACGUACUCCCCGUAACACCUGAAAGUCCAAAAACAAUUAACUUCGAUGAAAUUGAACAAAAAAUUUCAACUUAUCCAACAAAUUUUACCCAAAACGCCGAAGAUAAAACCAUCAAAGAAAAUAAUGAUAAUAAUUUUUUUCAAGCUGCAGUAACGGUAAAAAGUAGAACCUUUUUACCCACAACUAACGUUUCAGAUCACGAUCAAGAUUUAGAUCAAAAUAUAAUAAACGAAAACGUUAAUAAUCAAAACAUAAUCGAUCAAAUCAACGAGCAAAAUCAAAAUCACCCCGAAAUUAAUUUAAAAACCGAAUAUACCCCUCCGGUUCCAAGGCGACACAAAAAAGAAUCUCAAAUUCCGAGAUUAAUUAAACAAAACUCGGUUGAAGGUGAAACAACAUUAAAACCUACUCCUCAAUUAAGAGCGGCGAGUGUUUCGCCUUCGAUGGUUCGGAAAUUUGAACCACCACCUCCGAUUAAACCGUUACGAAAACGAUCGAGUAUGUCUCCAAUGUUACCAAGGAGGAAUUUAGAAGAACAAAAUAAUAACAACAAAGGUUCGGCUUGUAGUUUGGCGGAAACGAAUCAAAACUUAACCGUAAAAUUAAAUCCAAAAAGUACAUCGGCCGAAAACGUUUCUUCGAAAUCACACGAAAAACGAUCAAAGAAUACGAGCAACAAAGAUAAAGAAUCUGGUAAUCCUUCCAACGAUAAUAAUAUUACUUCAUGUACUGCAAUUCGAUUAGAUUCUCAAAUUGCUUCUUGCGAAUCCUCAUCAGAAUCAUCCAGCGAAAUACAAAAUUCUGCAACGGAAAUUUCAACCGAUUCGGAAUUUGCGCACGACGAACCAACACCAACUCGGGAGGCGCCCAAAAAGAUGUUCGAUCAGUUCGUGACAAAGACUCGUGGAUCCGGUUUACCGAAAAAAGUACAGGUGAAGUCCUCAGUUUUACAAGGGCCGACCAACAACAACGGUAGGGCCCAAAAAAGUAAAGAUAUCGAACUGAAAUUUACACCGUUGAUUCCGUCGCCGGUUAUAAGAAAACCGCCACCGAUUUCACUCUUCGCUAAAAACGAGGGUUACUCGUUGAAUCGCACGCAAAGCACCGGUGGUAUAGCAACUAAAGUGUCGUUGGAAUUGAAAAAGAAAUAUUUAUUGGGAGAGGUUAAUACGGCGGGGAAUAUUCAAAAAUCGGGUAGUGCUUCGACGUUGGAUUCGAAAUUUAAAUCGUUUCAUACAAAUAUAAGCGAUUGUCAGAAAUUGUUGAAGCCAGCGCCCGAAAUAAGCGCGAGUAUGCAAGUUUUUUGUAAUAGAUUAAACGAAAGAACGUCGCCUUUAUCUCCUAUUUUUGGUGGGCCGAAUAUUUUUGGUAAAGACAAAACGUCGCCUACGGUUGAAUUAAAAUCGCCAAGUUUAAAUGGUUUAUUAGAAAUUACAAAAUGUGCGAGUACAAGUUGCGUCCCCGAAACUAAAUCGAGUUUAGAUGAAGAAAUUUUGAAAGUUAACGAAACGGAGGGGCGCCCAAGGAGUCCUGUUCACGAAAAAAGUAUUAUAGUCCCUGUAAUUGAUUGGGAAAAAAAUAAAAAAGAUAAAGAGAAGUAUGUUGAUAGUCUUUCAUCGACAGAUUCAGAGUUAGAUGUUAACAUAACUUCAAAAUCAACCGUUAAUAAUAUCCCAAGGUUGGAAGUACACGAUGAUUCUGGGGCGAUUUUAAACGAAGAAUUUGAUAGCUUAAACGUUGUAGAUGUUAACAGGAAAUUAGACGUCCCAAAAUCAAUUAAUGGGGAAAAGAAAACUUUAAAUCAACCAAAGAUUUUACCGGAAAUGAAUGACUCAAUUUUACCAGAGCAACAUAGUGCCUUACAUGUAAAAGAAAAACUCGAAAAAGAAGACAAAGAAGAAAGUAAAUCAUUAAAAAGCGGGAGAAGUAGCCCCUCAACUGAAGAUAUCAAUCAAGCGGCUUUAACAGAAACCGAAUUAUCAGAUUGGGCCCGCGACGGAAUGGGUUCCGAUGAUUUAGAAGACGUAGAUUUCGAAAUGAGCCCAAAAACCAAAGACAAAUUUGUUAAAAAAGUUAAAAUCGAGCAUGUUUGUGCAAAAAAUAAAGAGAAAAAACAACCUGUAACGGAAUGCGUUAAUAUUUUAAACUUGAAUAUCGAGAAUAUUGAGUUUAUGGAUACCGGAACUGAAAGUAGCGAUGAUAACGCCCCAACACAAAAUAAUGGGUACGUUCAGUUUCAUAACGAUGAUGAAUUUCUUGAGGAUAGCUUAUCGCCUGUUAUUUUAGUUAAUAAUAUCGUUGAAACGGCAAAUCCUGUUGUUAUAACAAGCUUGGUUGAUAAUGAAAUAAAUAAAGAUGUAGAUGAAGAAAUAAAUGAAGGGAAAAAUGGUAUUGAAGAAGAUAAAAAUGAUGAUAGUCUGGUUGUUGUAGAAACUGGAACAACAACGGAAGAAAAUACUUGUAGUGACUCAACUGUUAAAGUAGUAACAGAAAAAAAUGAAAAUAUUGAAAUUGAAACGAUAAAAGAAUCAAAUGAGGAUGAGGUGAUUGAUAUUAAAGCUGAUUCUAAGCCAGAAAUAACUCCUGUUUUGACUGAAUUAGAAACACCAACAAAUCUAGAAAAUAAGUUACCUUCUUUAGAAUUUGAUGAACACUGUCAAAGGUUACAAUCAAAGAUUGAAUUUAGUAACGCUAGAGAUUCUAUAGAUAUACGUAAAACUCGUCGAAAAAGUAAACCCGACGUGAUCAAACCGGAUUUAAUACAAGAAGAAAAGAAAAUUUCUUCGUCACAAAUCGUGCUUCCAAUAAUAACAACUUUGUAUAAAAAAGAAGAAAUUGAAAAAGAACGCAAUUUGAACCAAAAAUUAGUACAGGAAAUGGUCAUGAACAAAAUGAAGGCUCAAAAUAAAUCUUUAGAACGUAAAAAAAGAAGUAGGAAUUCUUUUAGCCCUAUAAGACCAUUUGAACUUACUAAAUCAGCAACGACUGAAAUUACAAGUCAAGUAACACCGGACGUUUUAUUAUCAACAAUAAACCCACUACAAAAAUCGCAAUCUAAUAUCUACAAAAAAGAACUUUCAACAACCGAUAAAUUACCCGAUGUAAGCCAAAUUAACAAUGAAUUUAAAACGCCAAAAGCCCCACCUCGAACGAAAUGCGACGAAGCGAAACGCACCGCGGAAAAAUUCAAACAAGACGCGCGCGCGAGAGUACGUCUCCUUUCCGAUGAAGAUCUCGGGUUAAGCCCCGAAGAUAAAUUAGUUAAACUCCGCCAAAAAACUUGUAAAAAACUAAAAGAUAACGAAACCGUAGAUAUCCACAUUCAAGAUAGUAUCGAGUCUUUAGUUAUUAAUCGAGAACGAAGAAACUCGUUAUUAUACAACAACGACACUUUAAAACGAAACACUUCGUUUAGACGAUCGAAAAGUGGCGGUGAAGUGACACAAAGUAGUGUUGAUUUAACGUUGAAGUUAAGCCCGGUUCGACCGAACGUUGAGUUAUCUUUACCGAUGAGGACGAAAUCGGUUUCGGAAAUAAACCGUCCUUUAGCGUUGAAACCGGUUGAGAUAAAGAAUUCUGGGAAUACGUCGUUUUGUAAGUCGGAUCCUAAUUUGUUGACCGAUCAGAAGAAGGAGAAGAAAUCGAAAGAUCGCGAGAGGCGAAAAAGUAUUACUAAAUUUAUUACGGAUAUGUUUACGAAGAAAAAAGAUAACGCCGGGACGUCGCCGCCAAGUCAAAGUAAAGGAUUUCUAUCCAGGAUCUCUCCGAAGAGCAAAACUAAAUCAAAGUCGUUGUACGCUCUGGAUCUAGAGGACCUUGAUAAGCUUGUUAUAUCACCACUACGUCGGAACAGUAUCUCGGAAGUUAAUUUACGCAGAAGUGUCGAAGAAAAUAUUCCACCGCCAAUUCCACCUCUACCAAAAAAUUACACUGGAAUGAAAGAUGAAAGUUCUGAUGGUGAAUUAGAUUUACGAAAAGAUUUAAGUUCCUGCGACGCUUUGGAUCAAUCGGGAAUAACCGAAGAAUCAUCAUUUGGUCGCCGCCCAAAUCGCAGCGGAAGAAAAACUGCCAGACAAGCACAAUUAAAACGGCAUAGGAUGGCGCAAGAAAUUCAAAGAAAACUAGAAGAAACCGAGGUGAAAACGAGAGAAUUGGAAUUAAGAGGAGUUAUGGUGGAGAAAGCUUUAAGAGGUGAAACAAACGACACAGACGAUUUGACGAGAGACGAAGCGGAUUUGUUGAAGGAAUGGUUUGAUUUGAUGCGGGAAAGAACAGAUUUGGGACGAUACGAAAAGGAGUUGAUGAUUCGCGCUCAAGAAUUAGAAUUAGAAGAUAGACACGCUAGGUUACAACACGAUUUACGCGAAAGAUUAGAAAGGGCAGAACCUAAAUCGAAGGAAGAAGUUGAAAUUGAAGGGAGUAUUAUAAAGGAAAUGAUGGAAAUCGUUGCAAAAAGAGACUCGUUGAUAUCGGUUCUUGAAGAGGAUAGAUUGAGGCACUGUGAGGAAGAUCGCGACUUUGAAGAAAAAAUGCUUGCAAAAGGAAUUCAUUUAACACCCCUUCUAAAAACUUGUAAUAAAUAAAAUAAAUGUUAUAAUCACGUUUUUGAUAAAAAAAUUUCAUUUAAAUAGAAUUUCAGGAUAGGCAGGGUAUUGAUUAGUUUAGAAACCGUUCAGAAACGUUUUCAGUUUUAGAUCGAAAAUAGUUUUUUUAUCAAAAUAUGCGUUGCAUUUGCGUUUUUCUUUUUAUUAAUUGAAUGAUGGGAAUUUUUUUGCUAGUCCACACUUUAUAUUUAAUACCAAUUUAUAUGGUAAAUGUAUUAUUAUAAACUUUAUCUUUGGAUCAAUCAAUUUGAAGCCCAAAUUAGUCACUCGAGGCUGUAUAUUGCUGUAUUAUUUUUUAUAGAGGAGGCCGCUUUGCGUGCUAAAUAGCGAUCCGAUGAGAAGUCCCGUAAAUAAGAACUUGUGAUUUGUAUUUUUCGAGAGGUGAAGUUGUAUUUAUUGUACAGAUUUAUAAUUAUUUUGUGAAUGCAGAUUAUAAAUGUUGUAAAAUGUGAAUUAAAUAAUGCUUUUAUACAAUAAUUGAAAUAAUAACUUUAUUAAAUUAUAAAGACAAAAUUUGUUAUUAA